GCCCAAACUCAAAAAAGCCUAUAAAAAGGUACCAGGGGCAUCUCAUGGCGCCCCCUACUGACCCCGGGCCCUCGGGCGGUGCCCGAGUUUCCAAAUGGUCAGUCCGCCCCUGACCUGUACACACACACACAGACAUGUACAUACACAAACAAACGUACACACACGCACAGAGACACAUACACGCACAUAGACACAUGUACACACACACAGACACAUGUAUACACAAACAGGCAUGUACAGACACACAUACACACAGAUACAUGUAC